CUUACCCCUGAAACAGUUUCUUCUCUUUUGAAAGAAACGGUAUUCCCUUAUUUCUUUCUUCAAUUUCUAUUGUUAAUUCAUCUCUUAGUAUUCCACAAUUUAUUUUUGCUAGCAAAAAAAACAACUGAGGCUAAAAUGCUAUAAGUGAAUGAUUGUUGCUACUAUUGAAUGAUUGAGCCCAUGCCUACUACGAAGAAGAGUGCUACCCAUGGUGGGAUUGGGCAUGUAUUCAACAAAUUAACAAGCGAAAUCGGAGAACCCGUUGACUUUGAACUUCCAGAUUGGUUGCAUAAAUGGCAACCCACAGCUUAUACCUAUAUAAAGCGCAAUAUAUACCUCACCAAGAAGGUUAAGCGGCGGGUAGAAGAUGAUGGCAUAUUUUGUUCCUGCAGUUCAGUAGCAGGAUCCUCGGACGUGUGUGGCAGUGAUUGUCAUUGUAGCAUGCUAUGGUCUAGCUGCUCCUCAGGAUGUAAAUGUGGGAGUUCUUGUCUGAAUAAACCAUUCCAUAAACGUCCUGUGAAGAAGAUGAAAACAGUGAAGACCGAGAAAUGUGGCUCUGGGAUUGUGGCAGAUGAAGAUAUCAAGAGAAAAGAGUUUGUCAUAGAGUAUGUUGGAGAAGUUAUUGACGACAAAACAUGUGAAGAGAGACUUUGGAAAAUGAAGCACAGUGGGGAAACAAAUUUUUACUUGUGUGAGAUCAAUAGGGAUAUGGUGAUUGAUGCCACUUACAAGGGCAACAAAUCCAGAUACAUUAAUCAUAGCUGUUGUCCAAAUACUGAGAUGCAGAGAUGGAUAAUUGAUGGUGAGACAAGAAUUGGCAUAUUUGCGACCCGUGACAUUAGAAGGGGCGAGCAUCUGACCUACGAUUAUCAGUUUGUUCAAUUUGGUGCAGAUCAAGAUUGCCAUUGUGGUGCUAUAGAAUGCAAGCGAAAGCUGGGAAUUAAACCUAACAAAAUAAAACUUCCCUCUUCAGAUGCUGCAUUAAAGCUAGUGGCAUCUCAGGUGGCUGCUGCCUCUCUCAAAGUGAAAGCACUGCUAUCUGCAAAACAUGAUUAUCAAACUGGAGUUCCUCCAAAAGGAAGUUCGAAUUGCGACUCUGCUCAGAGAAUCCGGCGUCCUCGUAAUUGCAUAGGUCAGCUUGUAAGAAUAAUUCGCUCUUUUGACCGGAGUCCUGGUGACUCGCUGGAGAAGUUUCUCUGUGGGAACUCUAUCCACUGGUCCUUUGGAAUUAUAAAACGGUUUGACAGCAUCACCAAAAAGCAUUUGAUCAUGUUUGAAGACGGUAGUGUUGAAUACCUUGACAUGUCAAAAGAAGAUUGGGAAUUUUGUAACUCUGUGUAAUCAGGUCUUAAGCUGUCGGAAUAAAGAUAUACACGAUUCAACCUCUGUAGCAGAUAUACAUAGAUUCAACCUCUGUAGCAGAUAAUGCGACGUAUUGUUCUUACAAUCCAAAAUUGCAAAGGGUUCUCUAGCUUUGCUCCUGUUGUACCGAAUAUCCAAGUUUCCUUUUUCACAAAUUCAUUUGUUAGUAUAAAGUCUGAUGAUAAUGUCAGUACUCUUCUUUUACUGGA